ACAGCAACCAUGGCGCCUUCAAAGUGGGAAGACGAAGAGGACAGCACUCCUCCCUCAUCUCCUCCACCAGUUGCCCCCCGUCGCAAAUUCGAAGACGAGGAAGAUGACGAUGUAAGAGACACGAUCGAUUCGCCCCCACCUACGACUUUGGCGAUAUGGUGAUCACUCAAACUAAUCCCAUCGACCACAAACAGAUCCUCGACUCAUGGGACGCCGCCGAAGACUCGGAAGUUGAGCGCGAAAAGGCCGCUGUGGCGGCCGCCGCAAAGGCCAAGGCCGAAGCCGAAGCGGCCGCGAAGAAGAAGAGCAAGGGUCAGCGCAUACAAGAACACCAGUCUGAACGUCGACGGCUGGCGGAGGAAUCCGACUCGGACAGCAGCGAGGACGAAGAUGAGGCCGAGCGGCGCGCGCGCAUACGCAAAACAGAACAGGACUCGGACUUGAAGCACGCUGAGGAUCUAUUCGGAGACGUCGAUCUCAACCGGAAUAGAGGGAAACCCAAAGCCGUCGUUGUCGGGGACGCUGCAGACCCAACCAAGUCCGUGGAUCUGUCGGCCAUGCCUCUCUUCAAGCCGACUACCAAGGACCAGUUUGCUGCCUUGACCAAUGUCCUCAUCCCGCUGUUGACGGCCAACUCGAAGAAAGUCCAGUAUGGGCUGUGGGCGCCGGAAUUCGCCAAACAGCUUGUUAAGGAUCUGCCCAGUGAUCAGGUGAAGAAGGUAGCCAGUGCGCUGACGGCGUUCAGUAACGAGAAGAUGCGCGAGGAGCGCGUAGCGGACAAGGGGGCUAAGAAGAGCAAGGCUGCCAAGACCAAGACGUCGUUGAACGCACAGCGAGAUUUCGCCAAGGCUGACACCAAUACCUAUGAGGAGGACUUUGGGGAGGAUGAUUUCAUGUAGUUGACUUCUAUUCCAAAAAAAGUUAACCCUGCCCGUUCCCCUUCUGAAUUACUUUGCAUAGAUGAUCUCUGGUGUACUGUCUUAGCUCGUUUUCGUUUC